AUGAACCCUGAGCGGCCUCAGUCGCAGCCUAAUGGGUUGGCCCAAGCGACCGCGCCAGAGACAGCUCCCGGAGCCGAUAUCUUCGCACUUCUCAACAACACCAACAACCUGUGGGCAACGAACCCGUUGUUAAUGAACACCCUGCCGACAACAACAAUUCCAGCUCCAGGUGAUGUUCUCAAUAUGCUCUUAUCUUGUUCAUUCUGCCUGUUUAGUGCAUCCUCCUUUUCUGACACCGAAUUGGGCGCACUAUUUCUUUACGCAACAACUGCUCCUGCAUGAGAAGCAAAGCAUGAUUCGAGCAAAGCUUUCGCAGAAAAUUCAGGCAGAGCACGCAGGGUCGCAGUUUCUCCAACAGUUGUUUGCAUCGCCACAGACACUGCCGUUCGGAAAUUUCCCACAAUUGGGAAGUCUUCCUAUCCAACCGAAUAUGGGCUUUUAUCCAAGUAUGUAGUUUGUGAUUGCGCCCAAUUCGUUCAAUCUCCGACAUUUUUAGCAGCUCUUGGCACGCCCAAUAUCCUUCUUGGAAACUCACUCUAUCAGAGCCAAUCGAGUGGGUACAAUUCUGACGUGAGCUCUUCAUCGUCUACGACUCCGAGCUCUUCUUACUCGGUGCCGGUCGUUCCCCCGGACAGAAUGAACGCUCCCGCGUUCAACGUCACCAGAUCCACCGAGGAUUUGAUCAAAGAGAAAACGACAAAGUACAACCGAAAGCUGCUGUGCGAAGCGAUGGAUUUCAGCGAACUGAGUGCUGGAAUUGCAGACAACGUUCUUGCAAUGGCGCACUCAGGUCAGAAGAGAUGCGCAACUGUAAUCGGCAAAUUCAUUCACAACCAGCAGAUUCUGCAGAGUGCUCUAGUCGACAUGGCCGGUAAUCGAUGAUUUAAAAGGCAAUGUCUGAGAACCUCGAAAUUCGCUAAUUACACCAGGUCACUAAAAAUUCAGAAUGCUUCAAUUUGUCCCAUAUUAUACCCAAUGGGUACUUACAUAACAGUCAUACAUCAAACAAGUUUUGGUCCGGCUCCGUGGUCCCUAGUCCGAUCACGGUCACAAACAAGGUCAAACCUGUAACUAAUUUCAAAAAAAUGCUAGCGUCUCAAACUCAACGCCAUUGGAUUCUUCGCAUCUUUUUGAGUAUAUUUCAUGUUGGCACCAAAAAUUUGGCACCCCUCCUUUAUGGAGAACAAAAUUGGUUUGUGACAUUUUUCAGAAAAUGUUUCAGUUUUCUGCUCGUCCUGAAAAAUUUUAACACUACAUAGCCAUGAUUUUAUUGCUGAUUCUGAAUUUAGACAUUAUUGUGCUUCUGCAAAAAAAAAGUUCACCCCGAUCCCGAUUGACAUCAAGGGGUUUUUUGGCCGAAAUUCACAAAAUUUAGAGUACUUUUGCAUGGAAAAAUGUUCGCGAACUUGAGAAAAGUGCGUUUUCUCAAUUUUCAAAGGAGCCUGAUCGCGAUAUUUGUUGUUUUCGUAUACUUUUAGGCAUUCUCGAUUUUUUGGAAGCAUUUUUAAAAUUAAUAAAAAUUAGACCAAGUCGUCGACCCGGGGGUCAUGACAAAAUUUUCGAGAAAAAAUUAAUUUUCGAAAUGCUUCAAAAAAAUCAAGAAUUCCUAAAAGUAUACGAAAACAACAAAUAUCGCGAUCAGGCCCCUUUGAAAAUUGAGAAAACGCACUUUUCUCAAGUUCGCGAACAUUUUUCCAUGCAAAAGUACUCUAAAUUUUGUGAAUUUCGGCCAAAAAACCCCUUGAUGUCAAUCGGGAUCGGGGUGAACUUUUUUUUUGCAGAAGCACAAUAAUGUCUAAAUUCAGAAUCAGCAAUAAAAUCAUGGCUAUGUAGUGUUAAAAUUUUUCAGGACGAGCAGAAAACUGAAACAUUUUCUGAAAAAUGUCACAAACCAAUUUUGUUCUCCAUAAAGGAGGGGUGCCAAAUUUUUGGUGUCAACAUGAAAUAUACUCAAAAAGAUGCGAAGAAUCCAAUGGCGUUGAGUUUGAGACGCUAGCAUUUUUUUGAAAUUAGUUACAGGUUUGACCUUGUUUGUGACCGUGAUCGGACUAGGGACCACGGAGCCGGACCAAAACUUGUUUGAUGUAUGACUGUUAUGUAAGUACCCAUUGGGUAUAAUAUGGGACAAAUUGAAGCAUUCUGAAUUUUUAGUGACCUGCAGUAUUUGAACUUCUCAGACAUUGCCUCUUAAAACAACCCAAACGUUUGAUUUUCAGGCUUGAAAACUGCGGAUGUUCGCAAUUUUCUCAACGAUUGCAAAGAAAACGCAGAGAAGCACGUCGAAAUCGGUUUGGAAUCACUUUUGAAAAUUGUCACUUGGUAUUUCGCCUGCCGAGAGAACCCACAAAAGUAUCCGAAUUACCUCGAGAAAGCUUUCCCAGGGACUGCGAAACGAGAGUAUCAGUUCAAGGAGCAUCUGGUUGGCAACCCGACUUAAAAGUUCUUUAUUUUACUUUUUUCAGAGAAAGAAGGGGAAGAGGCCAGUUUUCCCUGAAUGGAAAUUCGUCGGUCCGCAUGCUCCAAAGAAUGUCUUGGAGCACUCUUCGACUCCUUUCCUCGACCACGCUGACUACUCGAGAAUGCAGAACUUGACAUUGGCACCGAACGGACCAGAGCUGCUGGCGAACCAAUUGAGAAACAUGGGACUAACUCAUUAA